AUGGCUUCAGAGUCAGACGCAGAAGGAGGAGGUCACAGUGACCUAUCAAAUUUAUGGACUUUUGUGGUCCUCAAGCCUCCCUCCAAACAAAGAAACACAUUAGUUAUAUGGGUCCAAGAAUUCUGGGCUCGUCUGAAAGUUGAUGAUGAUGCCAGAAAUCUUCUUGAGCAAAUGGGUUCCAGUAAUCCAGGGUCGAAGGCUAUUGGCAUUGUUUCAGACUACCAUAAAUAUAUGUCCAAUGGUUGA